GGAAGUUUGUGCACUUGAAAGUGAACCUGGACCUUCCUAGUUGUAAGAAAGAUAUCAGUGUUUGGCAGGAGAUUUGUGUGCUCAAGUAUCUGCUUAUCAUUCAGUGGUCCGCAGUAUCAAGGGAUUGAGCCACUGGUGCUCUGAUGGUUUUUCCCACCCGCUGAUUCACUCAAGAAAUCAUCAAGAUGACGAGUAGUGUGACGGUCAUCGACACAUCGAGGGGUGAUCCCUCCAUCAUCCGUCUCGCUGUCGAGAUGGAGGGAAAAGGAGGCAAACUUUAUUGCUUAGAUCAGAACAAACCCCUUCUGAAGAUCAUCGAGGAGGUCUGCCACAUGUACAAUGUGACUAACCCCGGGGAGUACGCCCUGCAGCACAAAAACGAUGACAAACUCACCUACACGUACAUCACUGAGGAGAACCGUAGCGAGCUCGCCAACGGGAUCGUUCUCAAACUGUCCGACUCUGCUGGUAAAAUGGCUCAAGAUGUCUUCAGUAACCUUCAGUCGGAGAAUCCAGAUGAGACGUUUCAGUCUAUGAAGAAGCUUUCCAAGGCCUCGGCAGACUUGACCUUUGCUCAGGAGUUCUGCAACCGCGGCGGCGGAAACCUAUUGGUGCAAAUGGUGGAAGAUAACACAGAGCAAGGAGAUGCGAUGGCUAACACUCUCUCCAGUUUCUUAGAACUGAUGGAACAUUCCAUUAUCCCGUGGGAGAACAUCACUAUCAAGUUUAUCAAGCGGAUUGCAUCCUACGUUAAUCGUACCUACUCAGCUGUCCUCCAACCAAGCGAUACUACAAUAACUCUCAAAGCUCUGGCAAUCCUGGAGAGUCUCAUUCUAAGCAGAGGGCAGUCGGACUCCGUUAGGACCUCUGAGUUGUACACCAACAUUGCUAAUGAAAUUACCUUCCCUAAUCUUGUGCCACAUCUGGAGAGCAACAAGCAUCCAGUCAUUCAGCAAUAUUGUCUGGCCCUGAUGAAUGCCCUCUGCCUGAGAGCACCAGAGGAACGUAAAAAGAAACUUGAAGAUUCGUUAUCUUCCAAGGAAAUCAGGACAGUCAUCAUGGAGAAAGUUGUCCGAUCUCAGAAUAUAGGGACCGAGAUGCAGCACCAGCUGUACGUCUUCCAACAGUUGACCUUUAACCUUUUGGAGAAGAAGAUGAACACCAAGAUUGACCCCAACAAUGAGAAACACAGAGAGAACAUCAUUGAUCUUAGAAUGAUUGCCUUUGGUUCCCAUGGCGACAUCAGGAAACCAUCCAUGUCUGCAACUAACGACUACAAGAAACUUGGCUUCACUAACACUUCAAAUCCUACGAUGGACUUCAUGAUUGUACCGCCCGGCAUUCUUGCACUGGAUUGUAUGUACUUCUUUGCCACAACACACAACGACAACUACACCAAGGUUGUACUUGAGAAUUCUUGCCGAGCAGAUGAGCACGAGUGUCCCUUUGCCAGAACCAGCAUCGCACUCACCAAAAUGCUGUGUGAGAUUUUGAAAGUCGGUGAAGCUCCUACGGAGACAGGGCAAGAGUACUACCCGAUGUUCUUUUCCUGUGAUAACUCCUUCAAGGAGUUCUUCUGUCAGUGUAUCCGUCUCUUCAAUAAGACUUGGAAAGAGAUGAGAGCUGAGCUCCAAGACUUUCCCAAGGUGAUGAGCGUUGUGAAGGAUCAGAUAGAGCGCGCUUUGAACAGUCGUUCACCGUCCAUGGAUCAGUUCUGGACCAAGCUGUCCCAACUCAACUACACUCAGAUCCUAAAGCUCCGGCAGCAGGAGCGAUCCGAUAAGGAAGAGUGGAACUCACAGGCUACUCCUGUUGUGGAGUUACGCAAAGAGAUCAAGCCAGUCAUCAUGGACCUAAUCAAACAGCAGAGACUGAACUAUCUCAUGAAGGGUACUCAGUUUAACAAGUUCAACAGAGCCGGAAGGGCAAAAGAUAAGUUUUGGUAUUGUCGGCUGUCGCCCAAUCACAAGAUGCUUCAUUAUGGAGACAUUGAUGAAAGUACGACACCUCCUGCUGAGUCACUCCAGAACAAACUUCCAGUUGCAGACAUUAAAGAUCUCUUGGUUGGAAAAGACUGUCCUCAUCUCAGGCAAAUCAGGGGCAAUGUGACAUCAGCAUUCUCCAUAUUACAUCAUCCGCCAGAUCAACAUCUAGAUUUUGUGGCACCCAUUCAGGAAGCAUUUGACAUGUGGACGGACGGCAUCAACGCCUUGCUAGGGAAUCCCAUGGUCAGUAAGAAGACAGAGGAGGAUCUUGAGAUGCUGCUCAGCAUGGAGAUCAAGAUGCGUCUUCUAGACACCGCAAACGUACCCAUCCCAUCGGAACCCCCUCCAAUCCCACCCCCUCCCCCAGAUUACAAUUUCUACUACGACACACUCUGAAAAUAUCGUACAAGGUUUUUUAAAGGGAAGUCAAUAGUUUGGGGGUAUUUGAGCUGCCCAGUUAUAAUAAUAAUCAUUACUACAUUAGUAUACAAAUAUUGACUGCUUCGAGUGCUAUGGUUAAAACUAU